CUUUGAAGACUACCCGAGCGGGUACCCCAGCUCUUCCUAUCCUACUGUUCGAGUCGUGAUCAGAGACACAAAUUUGAGGAAAUGUCUCAAUUGUCAUCGCCUUUGCCAAGUUCUGGGGUGCAAGCUCCGUUAUUCUCCAGUCCGCGCCGUACCCAGGGUGCAGAUCCUCGAGACGCGUACAACGCGCUUCGACGCGCCGCGGACCCUCUAGCUUUUGACAAUGACGAUGUUCGCGGUCCCGGUGAGGCCGAAGAAGAAGGAAACGCCAAUAAUGUUGGAGGGGGAAGAAGAAGCAGAGCUCGAAGUCAAGCGCUUGUGAGAGACGUGCCACCUGUGAAAGAUAGAACCGGAGAGGCUGUCCUACAACACUUUGAAGACUUUCUUGAUCAAUACACUGAAGCCAUAGAAUUGCCCGCAACCCCAGGGGGAGACGAUAUGGACGCCGAGCCCCAGACCACACAAGUAUACAUUCAACAAAUCAGGUCUAUGGCCGCAAAUGAUCAUCCUACCCUCUACGUCGACUUCAGCCACGUGUUUUCUCGAGACGAGACUCUGGGACGGGCGAUCACCGAACAGUACUAUCGUUUCCUUCCAUAUAUCAAGCGAGCAGUUGCGAAUCAAGUUCGCAUCCAUGCUCCAGAAUAUGUGUAUCUCAAUUCUCAUACCAGUAGUACCGUCUCAUCCGGGCUGCUCACGCGUGAAUUUGGUAUUGCUUUCUACAACUUGCCACUUGUCUCAUCUAUCCGUGAUCUUCGAACACACCGAAUUGGGACGUUAAUGUCCGUCUCAGGAACCGUCACGCGGACAUCUGAGGUGCGCCCGGAACUCAUAUACGGCGCUUUUGGAUGCAUGCUCUGCGGUGGCUUCGUUAAUGAAGUCGAGCAGCAGUUCAAAUACACGGAGCCCCUCAUCUGCCCCAAUCCUACAUGUGGGAACAGAAAAUCGUGGCAGCUGAAGGUAGAGCAGAGCCGAUUUUCGGAUUGGCAGAAAGUCAGAAUUCAGGAGAAUCCGAACGAUAUCCCAACAGGAAGCAUGCCUCGCAGCUUGGAUGUGAUUCUCAGGGGCGACUUGGUGGAGCGUGCUAAGGCUGGCGACAAAUGCAUCUUCACAGGGACCUUCAUUGUUGUUCCAGAUGUCUCGCAAUUGGGUCUGCCUGGUGUCAAUUCAGAGAUGCAACGCGAGGCUACUCGAGGUGCCGCUGCCGUUGGUGCCGGAAACAGCGGGGUCACAGGUCUGAAGAGUCUGGGUGUGCGAGACCUGCAGUACAAGACGGCUUUCCUAGCUUGUAUGGCCCAAGACGCAGACGUCCGAAAUACUGGGACGAAUAUUCGGGGGGAGGAGAUGAGUGACGGCGGUCAAGAAAAUCAAGAGGCUUUCGUUUCGACCCUUACGAUGCCAGAGAUCGAGGAGUUAAAGAUGAUGGUUCAUUCCGAUUAUAUCUACAAUAGGCUGGUACAGAGCAUCGCUCCCACUGUCUAUGGGCACGAGAUUGUCAAGAAAGGCCUUUUACUACAGCUGCUCGGAGGUGUUCACAAAUUGACUCCGGAAGGUAUGCACCUCCGGGGUGACAUAAAUAUCUGCAUUGUCGGCGAUCCUUCGACAAGCAAAUCCCAAUUCCUAAAAUACGUCUGCUCUUUCCUUCCUCGCGCUGUCUACACCUCGGGUAAGGCCUCGUCAGCUGCAGGUCUUACUGCAGCGGUCGUCAAGGACGAAGAAACUGGAGAAUUCACCAUAGAGGCUGGAGCACUGAUGCUUGCGGAUAACGGGAUUUGUGCAAUUGACGAGUUUGACAAGAUGGACAUCACAGAUCAGGUUGCCAUCCACGAAGCUAUGGAGCAGCAGACGAUUUCGAUUGCGAAAGCAGGGAUUCAUGCCACUCUGAAUGCAAGAACAUCGAUUCUCGCUGCCGCUAACCCAAUUGGUGGGAGGUAUAAUCGCAAGCUCAGCUUAAGGGCAAACUUAGGCGGGGUUAUGAGCGCACCCAUCAUGAGUCGUUUCGAUUUGUUCUUCGUCGUACUGGAUGAAUGCAACCCGACGGUCGACGAGAAUAUCGCCAGGCACAUCGUAAACAUCCACCGGUUCAGAAGUGAGGCCGUUCAGCCAGAAUUUAGUACUGCAGCACUGCAACGGUAUAUUCGUUAUGCAAGGACAUUCAACCCAAAGCUUACGCCAGAGACAUCCGACAUCAUUGUGGAGAAGUAUCGCCUCCUCCGACAAGAUGACGCCUCGGGUGUUGGCAAGAACUCGUACCGAAUAACCGUUCGCCAGCUAGAAAGCAUGAUUCGGCUCAGCGAAGCCAUAGCUAGGGCUCACUGCACAGAUGAGAUCACGCCAGCAUUCGUCCGAGAGGCAUACUCCCUGCUCCGUCAAUCCAUUAUUCACGUCGAACAAGACGACAUUGAUUUCGAUGAAGAGGAGCUGCGAGGUCAACGACCGCAUCAAGAUGCCAACGCUCAUGCGCCCUCCAGUGGUGAUAUCUUUGGCGAAGAGGAUGGUACCGAUUUCAACGUCGUAGGAGACAUCACCGCGGAGGAACUCGCUGCCUUUAAUGAGACAGAAUCUAGUUAUUUGAACGAGGAAUCGAUGCAGGUUCACCCAGGUACGCCCACACGAAGAACCACGGGUACGUCUUCGUCAGUCGCUCCGCUUGGUGAGAGGAGUACAACGGCACCAUCAUCUACUCCUGCACCGGCCCCCCCACCACCCAAGAAACAGAAGAUGAAGUUGCCAUAUGAACAAUAUAUGGCUAUGCAAACUCUCAUCCUGGAUCACCUAGCUGGGCUAGAGCGUACGACCGGAAAAGGUUUAAAUCGGGAGGAUUUAAUCGAUUGGUACCUCGAGCAGAAAGAGGAGGGAAUCGCCAAUCUGGAAGAAUUAGAAACUCAGAAGCAACUUAUUCGAAGAGUCCUCAACAAACUGGUUAAGGACAAUUUGCUUAUCGCCCUACAGGGUGACGUCCAGAACUCGUUGCCGUCGGACGACCAAAUGGAGGUUGAUCAGGACGACAACGUGCACUAUAUGAUACAUCCCUCCGUGGAUCCAGACGUUCUUUCUUCCACUCAAUAGUGCGAAUCCCUCAACUCUUUUUUGGGUUUAUAGAGUUUGCUUGCACAUUUUAUUUCUAUUAGGAGUUGUUGUAUGUAUGUAGUGUGUCUAGGUCUAUUGUGAUGAUAAUUUAUUUUUGUUUUGGCAGGGCCUGUUGCGCACCCUCGACAACUUUCUUAGGUUUCAUUUUUAGGUUUCCUUUUGAGACCCGGCCC